AUGGAAUGGAUCCCCGGCUUCGGUGGGGAUUCGGAGGUGCCCACGGCCGGCGAGGCGGGUCAGCGGCGACAGAGGCUGCAGAGCCUUUCCGCCGGACGCAGGCGAGGCCGACAGACCUACAGCCGCUACCAGACCCUGGAGCUGGAGAAGGAGUUCCUAUUUAAUCCCUAUCUGACUCGCAAGCGGCGGAUCGAGGUAUCGCAUGCGCUGGGACUGACAGAGAGACAGGUCAAAAUCUGGUUCCAGAACCGGAGGAUGAAGUGGAAAAAAGAGAACAACAAAGACAAGUUCCCCAGCAGCAAAUGCGAGCAGGAGGAGCUGGAGAAACAGAAGCUGGAGAGGGCCCCGGAGGCGGCGGACGAGGGCGACGCGCAGAAGGGCGACAAGAAGUAGGCUCCAGCUGGGACUGUCAGGGCCGCGGUCGCCCUCCGUCCGUGGGUCCCCCGACUACGCCACCGCCGUCGCCCGCCCCCGCCCGAGAGAGCUCUGGCCCCGCGAGCGGGGCCCGGAGCCCGGCCUCCCGCUGCAGCGUCCCCCGCCGCGCCAGUCCCCGCUAGUGGUAGUAUCUCGUAAUAGCUUCUGUGUGUGAGCUACCGUGGAUCUCCUUCCCUUCUCUUGGGGGCCGGGGGGGAAAGAAAAGGAUUUUAAGCAAGGACUCCCUCGCCCUGCGAGGGUGAGCGGCUGCGGCCUGGCUGAGCCCCCCCCGCCCCCGCCCCGUGUAAAAAGCCUCCUUGUGCAAUGGUCUUUUUUCCUUUGAACGUGCUUCUUUGUAAUGACCGAGGUACCGAUUUCUGCUAAGUUCUCCCAACAACAUGAAACUGCCUAUUCACGCCGUAAUUCUUUCUGUCUCCCUCUCCUUCUCUCUCUCUCUCUUCUCUCUCUCUCUCUCCCCCCGUCCUCAUUCCCCCCUCCCAACCCCUCUCUCCCCGCUGCCCUCCCUAGCUCGCUGGCUUUCUCUCUUGCUUCUCUCUUUUCCUCCCAACCCCCCCCCCCUUUGGUUUGGCAAUUUCGUCUUAAGUGUUUCUCAAAAGAGGUUACUUUAGUUAGCAUGCGCGCUGUGGGCAAUUGUUAAAAGUGUUCUUAGGUUUACUGUGAAGAGAAUGUAUCCUGUAUCCGUGAAUUGCUUUAUUGGGGGGUGGGAGGGCUAAUUAUAUAUUUUGUUGUUCCUCUAUACUUUGUUCUGUUGUCUGCCUCUGAAAAGGGCGGAAGAGUUACAAUAAAGUUUACA